CUCGGACAGUGAGGACGUAGGUCUACGAGGUGGAACUUCAAGUCAGUGACCAAGAGGGUUUCAGGACCGGUCAAGUGUCAAGGUGCCCACGGCCUUGCCCUUCUGACGCAGUCCCAUCUGCUGUCCCUGAGCACAGUCACCAUGCCUCGUGGUCAGAAGAGUAAGCUCCGAGCCCGCGAGAAACGCCGCCAGGCCCGAGGGGAAGACCAAGGUUCCCAAGGUGUUCAAGAUCCUGCAGCAGCAGAAGGAAAGUCACCCUCACCUUCUGCUGGUCUUCAGAGUGCUAACCCCAGCACCUGCGCUGCAUGCAGUCCCCAGGGGCUGCAGAGAACCCAAGCCGUCAGCUCUCCUGCUGCAGCUCUGAGCUUGGAUAAAGGUGCCAAGCGCCCAGAGGAGCAAAGGCCAGGCUUGUCCAGACUGUCCAUCCUGAAGAAUGCCGGAAAAGAUCCUGUGAGCAGGAUGGUGAACACACUGGUGCACUUCCUGCUGUACAAGUACAAGACGAAAGAGCCCAUUGUGAAGGCAGAUAUGCUGAAGGUCAUCGAUAGAAAGCUGAAGAAGCACUUUGCUGAAAUCCUCCAGAGAGCCACUGAGCGCAUGGAGCUGAUCUUUGGCCUCGACCUGAAAGAAGUUGGCCUCACUGGUCAGUCCUAUGUCCUCAUCAGCAAGAUGGAUCUUUCCGGUGAAGGCAGUGUGAGUGAAGAUUGGGGCUUUCCCAAGAAUGGGCUCCUGAUGCCGCUCCUGGGUGUGAUCUUCAUGAAUGGCAACCAGGCCACCGAGCAAGAUGUGUGGGAAUUCCUGAGCUUGUUGGGGGUGUAUGAGGGCAGGGAGCACUUCAUCUUUGGGGAGCCCAGGAAAUUCAUCACCAAAGAUCUGGUGCAGAAAGAGUACCUGGUGUACCGCCCCAUCGCCGGUAGUAAUCCUCGCUGCUAUGAAUUCCUGUGGGGGCCCAGAGCCUACGCCGAAACCAGCAAGAUGCAAGUUCUACAGUUUUUGGCCAAGCUCAGUAAAAAGGCUCCCAGUCACUUCCCGUCCCAAUACGCAGAAGCACUGAAAGAACAGGAAGACAGAGCCCAAGCCAGAAUUGCAGCCAGAGCCAGCAGAGUUCUUGCUGCGGAGGCCAGAGCCAGCAAAGCCACCCAGCAUUAGUGCACUGUGAGGCAGUUCUCACUUCUAAAUAGUGGGGACCAAGAUGGUAGACCACAGUGAAUAUUUCCUUUGUGUUUCUGUUAUUCAUAAGUACUUGUAGCCUUAUGUCCUCUUUUUCUGUUCUUCCAUUGUAUCCUUUUUAGAGUUUAUUUAGAUUUAGGAUCUAAGUUAUAAAAGGCAUGGAUCGCCUAUUUCUGUUUACUAAGUUUACUAUAUUGUGAAAUAAAUUGAAAGGCCUAACAUCUUUUAUUGUUAGCCAGUACAAGAAAACACAGCACUGGAAAAGGGAUUUGCUUUUAAAAUGUAAAAGAACCCCAUAGUGAAAUAGUUGGGAUCAUAACAUGGUGAAGAAAAGUAAAAA